AAUUCGAUUCAAAUUCAAAAUGACACACACAAUAUCAUAGGGUAAGCCUUCCCAGUGCUUUGCAGUAAGAAUGCAGAUUUUUUUUCCUUCACAUUAAAGGGGAACUGGCACUAAUAAACCUGUUUCACAUAUAUUCUUCAUUAUUUUUCUGCAAGUUAAUAUAUUUAUUUAUUUCUGGCUGCGACAAAACACCAUGAUACUAUGAGUUACGGACAGACGGUACUCUCUGAUUUUGGCAAUUGUCCGUGUACCUUUGACAUGGAAUCAUGGUUGAUUGCAGAAGGAAAAAUUGUAGGAUGAGAAUGCACACCAAUUAAUCACAUUUCUGUCCUUUUGAGUUUUGAUAAAGCAUAUAUUCAUUCCCUAUACCAGCUCAGCAUGUGAGGCAGUCAGAUAGCUGGACCUGUUGCUUUUACUGAUCAUACCCUAUGCCUUUGUUAUGCUAUUAUUCUAGUUCUGUUCUAUUACAUUAAAGCUCUUGUUAGCAGCAAAAAGCAGUAUUUUACAUUUUGUUCUGCAGCUCUCAGACUUGGAGUUCACAUUACCAUUGCUGGUUGCUAUAUGUCAGUUACCCUAGCAACCAGAAGGGAAAAAAAUAACAUAUUUUAAGUUGACUACAUAGAACCCUUAGGGCCAGGACUUUGCUGCUCCCAGCUUGUUUUUUUUCCCCUUGCUGACUGAGAGAAGCAGAGCCAAAGCAAAAAGCAAAAUAACACAGGCUGAGGCCAGCAGAGCCAACACCCCAUAUGCCCUCAUCCUUGGGGCUCUAGUUGGACAGCAAUUUCUGACAUCACUAUUUGAACCCUUUUCCUGUUCAUUUGUAUACUUGCUGGAACAUACAAGCCAAUACACUUCUAGUUAUUUGUGUAACCCUUGUCAAUGUUCUAGCUGUAGCUUGCUAAUUUUCCUCCCAUUUAGUGUCAUGUGUUUUUUUCCCCCAGUUAUCUUGUUGAUAUACAAAUGGGACAAGGAAAUCUUUGUGUUUACAGGGAGCUGGCAAAAACAUAAAGAAGCUUUAACACGCAGGAUUUAUCUAGUGCUGUCAGCUGCAUUGGCAAAGUUUAUCUCUACUGCUUUGAGUUGCAGGUACUGAUAAACAACUCUGUGGGUGGAAAAGCAUAAUUAAAGGCACACUCCACUCAUUAUCUCCACAGUGUCUGUUAAAAUCUAAUAAUGCUUGUGGCAGGAAAUGUAGACAACCACAUGUUUCCUUGCAAGGACAUUUUAGGCUACUUUAGAAAGUAGCCGCGUCACAUGUUUCCCCAUCGACAAUUCGAAUGUUAGGCACUGGGAAAGCAUUUGGAAGAGAUAAAUCCUCAUUUGUCAUUGCUGCAAUAGUAUUUGAGGAAUUGGAGUAUGCUAAUUUUCUGCUGUGUUUAGGCCAUUGUAUCUCCAGAAUAAAGAAGUCACAAAACAUAUUUACAUACGUUAACAUGCUUACUCUGUGAUAUCACAGGGUACCUGGUUUGUUAUAUUUUUAGUUUUUACUCCAGACUGGUGCUUAUUUUAGGGGAAAAAAUGCACCAGGAAAUACCCUGCCAUAAACAAUGAUGAAAAUUGUCUUUGCUAAUACACUCAAAUCUUGUAAUAUAUCAGAAGCCUUUGUAUGCCCUUAAGUCUGCUGAGGGAUGCUUGAGUAAGCAAGAUGGUGAUGUUGUGCUAUGCUUUUCCCCCAUAAGUGAAUUAAUGUGGUAAUUGAAUUCACUCUUGUUAUGCCUACCAUAUUACAAUAUUGUGUCAUUUGUUUUAUUUGCUUAAAAGCUCAAUAAAUUUGUAAGGAACAAUUUGGCCAAUAUUUCAUUAGAUUUGAUAACACUGUUGACCUGGUAGAGAUAACAAUAGACCCCUUAUUGCUAAAGUCUGGAAAUAUUUAUUGUAGAGUGUUCAUUUAGAUUUGCAAGCCAAUCCAUGUGCAGUAUUAUAAUAUGAAAUAUAUCCAAAUAGCCCUUCUGCACAGUAGAUAUACUGUUGAUGUAUUGAGGCUUGUGCUUAUGGUGUUGCUUUGAUAGUAUUAUCACCGGAUGUGGAAAGCAUUAUUUAGUAACAUUGAGGCACAUAGAUGGCAAAUGUCCAAACUGUGCAGUGGUUACUGCAGAUGAACAUGGACUAUAAUAAAAGAAGUUACAUGCCUGUAUAUUGUGAGGCAGAGGAAAGGUGUGUCAGGUUCUAGCUAUUUUAAAUUCUAUAUUUGGUUGUGCUAGUUCAUGGCAGUAAGAUUGAUGUUCUGUAUCAGUCACCUUUUCUAUGCUAUUUAGAGUUGCUUGUAUGUUUUCUUGUAAGAAGUUAUUGCGCAUAGUUGUGCUUAUAAGUUUAUUCUCAAUUGUACAGCCAAAGGAAAGGGCUUGAUUCACUUUAUGUUGGUGGUAUCGAUGGUUACCUUUGAAUUUGACACAUGGACAUAGUUCUGGCAACAGGAAUAAAAUGUGUUUGUUUAUCUAAUAUGAAAAGCAAUGUACUUAUUGUGUGCCAUUGUGCUACAGCAAAAGGUUCAAUAAAGGGUUUGCAGAGCUGCCUCUCAAACACAGGUGGGAAAGGUUCUUUCUAUUAUAAGCUCUGGUACAGAUGGUAGAGCUGUAGGAUAGAAAAUAAACAUGCUACAAAAAUGUAACAUGCAUGUGCCCAUAGGCUAGGAAAGAAGAUUCUUAGAUUUUCAGCAAAUAUCAAACAUCAAAUGACCUCUGCUUGGUCAUUGAGCUGUUUAGCUGUGACACAUCCUAUACCAGAAUUCAUCUCUGCUUGCUCUGACCCAGUAUUUGCAUUGUCUUGUGUUUCCUGCUCUGACUUUUUAUCAUUUUUUUGGGGUUUUGCUAAGUAGCCAAGAGUAUGUAUGUUACCAGAUCUUUUGUGUACCGAAACAAAUGUGUUUUCCUGGUGCACCAUUAAGCUGCACUUGUUGUAGCUCUGAGGUGAUAUGUUUGAUUCCAAUCAGAACACAAUGUUAAAGGGGUAUUUUUUCACUGUGUGGGUUUCUCUGGGUACUCCUCUCGCACUUUAAAACACAUAGGUUCCUGGUUAAGUUGAACAUCACAUGUGUGAAUGUGAUAGAGAACGGGUCACACUCAAGCUAAAGGUUAAUGUCCUUCAAUAGCCAAAUCAGAGUCCUGAUCUUUGUCCAAUGAAUUUGAGGAAAAUGUACCUGGGAGGUGACAAUUAUUCAGUGCAAAGCUGAUUGUUUAAAGCUGGUAUUGCUGCAAGAUCUGGUUCUACCGAACACUGAAGCAGUGAUUCUUAAUCUGUAGAAUAGGACCCAAAAUUUAAUUUAAAAGCUAUUUAAGGUGGGUCUGUAUCUCGGAACCAGUGAAAUGGCCUGCAACAGCAGAGAACAGUCAUUAAAACAAGGAAAAUGUGUUAAUCCUACAGUCACCAAGGAAGGGAAAUUUCAAAGCGUCAGUUGUGUAGUUCAAAGACCCUGGUAAAAGACGUUGUGUAGCCAUAAAGGUUUAAUUUGCCAUGGAUGAAGAAAGUCAGAGCAGCCUAGAGUGUAUCCAAGCCAACCAGAUUUUUCCACGCAAACAGCUGAUCAGGGAAGAUGAAACCCUUCAGGUUCCUUUCCAAGAGCUGCAUGGAGAGAGCACAGAGUUUGUGGGCCGGGCAGAGGAUGCAAUCAUCUCUUUAUCCAACUAUCGUUUGAACAUCAAAUAUAAAGAAUCUUCUAUCAAUGUUCCACUGCAGCUAAUUGAAUCUGUUGAGUGUCGUGAUCCUUUCCAGCUCCAUUUGACCUGCAAAGACUGUAAAGUGAUCAGGUGCCAGUUCUCCAGCUUUGAGCAAGUGCAGGAAUGGCAGAAACGCAUGAAUUCUACUCUGCGUCCACCAAGUCGAAUUGAGGAUCUCUUUUCCUUUGCAUACCAUGCAUGGUGUAUGGAGGUGUAUGCAAGUGAAAAAGAACAGCAUGGAGACUUGUGUCGUCCAGGUGACCACGUAAUAUCACGAUUUAAGAAUGAGGUGGAACGAAUGGGUUUUGACAUGGAUAAUGCUUGGAGAAUUUCGAAUAUCAAUGAGAAGUUUAGGCUGUGUCCUAGUUAUCCACAGGAACUGAUCAUCCCUGCUUGGAUAACAGAUAAAGAGUUGGAAAGUGUUGCCAGCUUUCGUUCAGGGAAGCGUUUUCCGGCUGUGGUGUACAGGCAUCAAAGUAAUGGGGCUGCGAUUGCACGAUGUGGGCAACCUGAAGUCAGCUGGUGGGGCUGGAGAAACGCAGAUGAUGAGCAUCUUGUUCAGUCUGUUGCUAAAGCCUGUGCCACAGACAGUAGUCGAACCAGCCCAGGCAAAAUGGCCAAUGGUGGCUGUCCCCACAACUACAUAAAUGGUGGAGUCCUGACAGAUGUAGAUUUUGAAUCCUCCUUGUCAAACAUUCCACCUCCUGAAAGUCCCUCUGUUCAGCCACAAAAACUGCUCAUCCUUGAUGCUAGAUCAUAUGCUGCUGCAGUGGCCAACCGUGCCAAGGGCGGAGGCUGCGAGUGUCCUGAGUAUUAUCCUAACUGUGAGGUUGUGUUCAUGGGAAUGGCCAAUAUUCACUCCAUUCGUAAAAGUUUCCAGUCUCUACGCCUGCUCUGCACACAAAUACCUGACCCAGCCAACUGGCUUUCUGCAUUGGAAGGUACCAAAUGGUUGCAGCACCUCUCUAUGCUGCUCAAGUCAUCCCUUUUGGUGGUUCAUACGCUGGACAAAGAUCAAAGACCUGUUCUUGUGCACUGCUCUGAUGGCUGGGAUCGGACCCCACAAAUUGUGGCACUUUCCAAACUGCUGCUGGACCCUUAUUAUAGAACUAUAGAGGGUUUCCAAGUCCUGGUGGAGACAGAGUGGUUGGAUUUUGGACACAAAUUUGCAGACCGCUGUGGACAUGGUGAGAAUUCUGAAGACCUGAAUGAGCGCUGUCCUGUCUUUCUGCAGUGGUUGGACUGUGUGCACCAACUGCAGAGGCAGUUUCCAUGUUCAUUUGAAUUUAACGAAGCUUUUCUGGUUAAACUGGUGCAGCAUACCUAUUCCUGUUUGUUUGGGACAUUCCUGUGUAACAAUGGGAAGGAGCGAAGUGAAAAGCACAUCCAGGAGCGUACAUGUUCAGUCUGGUGCUUACUGCGUGCAGGGAACCGUUCUUUCAAGAACUUGUUAUACUCUACUCAGUCUGAAACUGUGCUGUAUCCUGUAUGCCACGUGCGGAAUUUGAUGCUGUGGAGUGCGGUUUAUCUACCAGGCUCCUCCCCUUCCACGCCUAGUGAGGAGUCCUGCACACCAUACCCUGCUUCUGGGUCUGCAACAGAGGAACCACCAAUAUGCAGGCUGUCAAAGACCCGGUCAUAUGAUGAUCUCCCUUCAGCAUGUGACAUCAUGGUGCCCUGCAUGAACAGGAGGAGCAGCGAUCCCAGUCUUAAUGAUAAGUGGCAGGACCAUCGGCAUUCUUUAGAGCUGAGUGGUUUGGGGAACCCGGAGGAGGACGGGUAUGAAGGCGAUAGACAACCACUGGGAGUUCAUCUGUCCAUGGCAGCUGGUGUGGGUGAAGGUCAUAUGGAGAACAUCCUACAAGAGGCCACCAAGGAAGAGGGAAUUAUUGAGGAGCUUGGUGGGAAACAGAGAAAGGGCCAGGAAGCAUCUCUGGAAGUAGAACAAGCAAAUUAUUUAGAAGAUUCUGUGAAAGGGGAGGAAGGUCUAGAACUGACCAGUAACACACCACAUGCUCAAAGUAAUGAGGGGAUGCCAGACCAAGAUCGGGUGCGUGCCAACCCCAAGCCAGGGGGAGACUGUGAUAAAUUCUCAAAUGGGAAAAUCUACAAUACUGAGGAUGCAGAAGUGGAUGAUGGUUCACCUCAGGAAUUUUGUAAUGAUGAAGGUGCAAGCCAAGUGCCCAAGCAGCCUGCAUUUAAAUUAGAAGGGAAUACAAAACAAAAUGGAAUUGAAUUUGAAGAAGAUGCAAGCCAAGUGACAGAGAAGCUUAACUUUAAAUCAGGAGGGGGUAUACAACAAAAUGGAGUAGAAUUUGAGGAAGAUGCAAGCCAAGAGCACAAGAAUCACAAUGGUGUAGAAAUUGAGGAAGAAGUCCAGAACAGUCCUAGUCCUCUUCCAUCAGCCCUUACCUCUUCAUGUGUAGUUUUGGAGGAUUCAACGGAUACCUUAACUGAAGGCCCUGUAGUCUCUUGGCCUUGUAGGCUGGACCAUGUGACUGCAGCAAAUGAAUUGGCACAAAAGCCAGAAAAUUCAUCCACUGCCGGCCUCAUUAUGAUGGGUAUACGGGGAAUGAAGCUGCAAAGUGAUAUGACAUGUAUGCCUCCCAUGCUUUCUCAAUGUGCCUUCCACAACUCUGAAUGCAAAGUACUAAUUCAUUGUAACAGGGACCAAAUUUAUUUUCCUUCUUUUGAUGGGUCUUGCCUUAAUGGGGACAACCGAAUCGGCAAGCCAGGACUCUCACGACAGAACUCUAGCACAAACACCCCUCACCUACGGAAUACCCCACACAAGUGCCCACUGCAUAGCGGAGGAAGGAAUAGGAUUGGAAGUCCUCCAGAACAGCAAGCUCAUAACCACCUAGAUGAUGAUGGCAUGCCUCUCUAUGUGGACCCCAUACAGCAAAGGCUAAGACAGAUAGAGUGUGGUCAUCAGCAGGAGGUUGAAACCUUAAAGAAUCAGGUCCAGGAGCUACGGUGCCGGUUAGAAAACUUCUUUCCCAACAGCCCCUUGAGUUUUAAUGGUGAAUUUGCAGAUGAAGUGAACUCGAUCCCUGAUACUGAAGGCAACAGAGAUCCCAGCUGUUUGUCGGGCUGCAGCACAGAACCCUUAUCUGAGACUAGCUGGGAACAAGUGGACAAACGGGAUACAGAGGUGACGAGGUGGGUGCCAGAUCAUGUAGCACACAACUGUUAUAACUGUGACAGCAAAUUCUGGCUGGCAAGCAGGAAGCAUCAUUGUAGGAAUACGGAAGCCAUAUCUGAAACCUGGAACUGUGGGAAUGUUUUCUGCUCUAGCUGUUGUAACCAGAAGGCACCAGUUCCAAGCCAACAGCUGUUUGAGCCAAGCCGAGUUUGCAAGUUAUGUUACACCGACCUGCACCCCACCUGGGAACUGGAAAAUCCUAUUGCAGCAACGUCAAACUAGGCAAACUUCCAUAAAGGCAGAGAGCCGAGCCUUGAUACCAGUGGAUGGUCCUGAGGAAUCUGUUGUUGGAGAAUUAAAUUUAUUGCUUUCACUACUAUGUACCUUUCUCCACUCUACACACUUCAUUUCCAAGAUCCUGCUGUUUAUUAAGACUGCGUUUGGAAGGGGACCUUUGAAUUUGUGUUUUCAAUGCUGGCUAUUUAGCAGUAGUUCUGGUUUUCUAAUUCCUUGAAGGACUAAAUAGUGGCUUUGAGGUGGGCACAUUGCUCUUUUCUCCUCCUGCCACUAGUGGGCCUCAGAGUGUGCCCUUGUUUGUCUGCACACAGUUGUGGGUCUGCCUUUUUAGCCACAUAUAGACCUCAUUAUCUGCAGUACUUUGGCAUAAUCUGAAUAUAUUGUCACAUAUUCUCACAUCCCCUUCUGAUUCAGAUUAUCCACUCAUAGUGAGAGUUGGCCCCUACAACAUUUAAAAGAAUUCUGUUGUGCACAGGGUGUUAUGAAUAUGUUUGUAUGCCCGCUGUACAUUUCAGUCAGUGAGAAGUAUUGGAAAUGUGGGAUAUAAGAUGGCAGUGAAGUCACGAAAAUUAAUGUUAGACUCCUGAAUAAGUUAAUGCUCAUUCUGAAAAGCAAAGUCAAUUCUAGAAAGCAGAUAGUGUGCAUUCUUUUUCAAUGUGCUGUAUGGUGCUGCAAAGAACAUUCACACCAAAAAAAUCAAUGUGUUUAAAGUAGUUGAAAUAUAAUGUACUGUUGCCCUAUACUGGUUAAAGUUGUGUUUGCUUCAGAAACACUGCUACAUAUAUCUGCUGCUGUGUAGCCCUGGGGGCAGCCAUUCAAGCUGGAAAAAAAGAAAAGUCACAGACUACAUAGCAGAUAAUGGAUAUGCUCUAUAAAACACCAUUGUAUUCUACAGAACUUCUCUUUUAUCCGCUGUGUAGUCUGUGCCAUUUUGCCCUAUUUCAAUAUGAAUGACUGCCUCCAUGACUACACAACACCUUCUUUAAAUGAACUAUAGUAGAGUCUCUGAUGCAAACGUAUAUGUAUUACUAGUGUGGGGCAGCAGUACAUCAUUUUUAAUUACUUUGAGAAUUCCAUUGUUUGGUGUUACAGUUCUUUACAAGGUAUAGCAAUUCUCACACAGGAGAUUUAUUUUGCCAUGUGCAUGAUUUGUAUCUUCCCUUUUGUAAAAGCUGUUGCAAUUUUACAGUGACCAGGUACCACCUUGACCUGCAUUCAUUUGCCACUAGUUUUUGCACUGGCAAAUAUAAUAGAUAAGGGCUCACUACACAAUCCACUCCUGAUAUAUAAAGCAGAAAACAUCCAGAACAAAAAGAGUAGCAUGUUCAGAAUGAAUCUCAAUGCUUACAAAUUAACCCUCCAUCAGCUAGAUACAGGACUCUCAGAAUACAGAUUAUAAGAAAAGAAAACACAAUUCUAAGCAUCUUUGCAAUAUGAAUUUAUUAAACAUUGUUAGUGCUUUAAAAGUUACUUGUAAAUGUCAUUGCCGUUGAAAGCAGCAUUUGCUUAACUCCUGGUUGUUACUUCUUAUACAAUGCUGCAAAAGGCAAUCUGCUCCUGCAAGACAGGUCUGUAAGUCCGUUGUUUUGUGUUCCAUUGUUUCAAAAGGCAGAGCCACCAGGGUAGAGAAAAGACUGGGACAGACAAACCCCACUUUCAAUAGCAAUACAAAUGCAAACCAUAGAAAUUUGCAAUGAAUGUAUAUUGCAAAUUUGCUUACAAUUAUGUUUUCUUGUAUUGGGCAAAACAUUCUUUUUUUGGGUUGACAUGUCCUCAAUGAAAGGAUUUCUAAUCCCCUCUCAUAACCAGUUUACAUACAUCUUAAAAUUCAUCCAUAAUGGAUUAUAUGAGCAUCUCCACUGAUGAAAGAAUACCAGCAGUGUCAACAUAUGAGCUGUCCAAUAACUGUAACAACAUGGUUACUACUGGAUCAUACAGUUGCAAUUCCUGCUCCAUGGGUGAUAUCAAACUGUUUAGCAUAUUGUGAAGCAAAGGUUCCAGUUAAAUGUGCUUUGUGCCCACUGGGAUAUAAGAGGGGUCAUCAGUUUAUCUUUAGGAGAAUGUCUUAAGAAUUGGCUUUGUGUAUCCUUCAGGGUAUGAACGGAGUGAACCACCAAAUCUGGGUAAACUGGCUGCAUUUCAAUAAGAAAAAAAAUAUGUGGACAAUGAAGUCAUUGCCAAGACUGAACAAUCUCGGGUAUUACUGGGGAAAAUUUUUGUUUUGUUUUGUUUUUUUUUGCACUAUCUUCAAAUUUUUUUUUGAACUUUCUUCAGUUAUUUUUGUACAAAUAUUUAUUUCCCCCCUCUCCGCACUUAACCCACAUUUGACUGUGUCAAAAAAGACUGCUGGUGGGAAAUAGGGGUGCAGGGUUAGUGAAUGGGGUUGCAAGAGGACGUUUGCUCUACUGCAGUGCAGCACAAUCCCAGUAAAAAGAUUCUCUAAAUUUCGAUUUGAGGCGGAAGACGUAAGAAAGACUAAAUAAUUUAAGCUAUCGCUAGUCAGGGGUAAUGACAGUUAAACUAGGAACUAGGCACCUUAAGGGAGCUUUAAGGAUCAAUGUCAGUCUUGGAAAUGAAUGAUUUAGUACCAAGUAUGACUUGAAAAUCCUGACAUUGUAAUAUGCCUUUAACUUUGAGAAAAUGCUCCAUAAAAAGGAAACCUGAAAUCUGGAUUUCAGAGUGUUGCUUAUUGGUUUACUUUGAAUUUAAAUGGAAUAAGGCUGGUAAUGUAUGUUGUGAAUCACUAGAGGUGCACCAUUUCUAAUAGAAGAGAACAGUAGGGAAAUAAAGAUCAUUACUCCCCCUCUGAGAUUGGGAAAGCAUGUAAAUUUAUUGAUUUAUUCACCAGAAUACAAUUCCUUGACAAAGUUUGUAAAUAAAGACUGUAGCUGACUCAGGUCAGUAAUGCA